UACGAGCGAUUCACGCGCUGUGUUUUUCGCUGUGUCAAAUUUAUUGCUUCGUUGCUCUCUCCUCUCUCGCUUUUAACUGUGUGCGCCUUUACGCGGACGAACCCAGCCCUCACAGGAAUCCCACAGGAGCUCAGAUCUGCUAGCCGCAAAACUCGCCAGAAUCCCCAUCGAAAUGUACAACAAUGUGGGGACCCAGUCUGGUGUGCCAAUACCACCGACAAAUUCUCAGCCUAAUCCAUUUGGAAAUGCAUUUUAUGGAGCCAGUUCGGGGCUUAUCAGAGGGGGAUUGGGUGCAUAUGGGGAAAAAUUUUUAGGAUCGAGCUCUGAAUAUGUGCAAAGCAACAUAAGCAGGUAUUUCUCAGAUCCCCAAUACUAUUUCCAAGUGAAUGACCAAUAUGUAUGGAACAAGUUGAAGGUUGUCCUGUUUCCAUUCCUGCAUAGGGGCCAUUGGACACGGAUAACUGAGCCAGUAGGGGGCAGACUCUCUUAUAAACCUCCAAUUUAUGAUAUAAAUGCACCGGACCUGUACAUUCCAUUUAUGGCAUUUGGUACUUAUGUUGUUCUUGCUGGGUUCUCAUUGGGUCUUCAUGGGAAGUUUAGCCCAGAAGCUCUGAACUGGUUGUUUAUCAAGGGAUUGUUGGGGUGGUUUCUGCAAGUCGCACUUCUGAAGGUGACAUUGCUUUCAUUGGGUAGUGGAGAGGCACCCCUGCUUGAUAUUGUGGCUUAUGCAGGUUAUACUUUCACAGGGAUGUGUUUGGCUGUCCUUGGGAAGUUGGUGUGGGGAUACUCAUACUAUUUUUUGAUGCCUUGGACCUGCCUAUGCAUGGGUAUUUUCUUGGUAAAAACAAUGAAGCGAGUGCUCUUUGCGGAGUUGAGGAGUUAUGAUUCGAGCAAGCACCAUUAUCUCUUGCUCUUUAUUGCUCUGGCUCAACUCCCACUUUUCAUCUGGCUUGGCAAUAUUAGUGUUAAUUGGCUUUUGUAAAUGCUUUGUUUUAUGUAGUUAGAAACGGUUUAUGUUUAUAGCAGUCUUUAAAAUGCUGUAGGCAAUUUUCUUGAUUUUGUAUUGAUUUGACUUUGCUUUGCUUAUAUAAGUUUCAAAAAAUUGUAAAAGCAUCUUUUCAGUGUAUUUUGUGUUUGCAGUGUUAUAGGAAAUAGAAUGUGUUGUUGGAA